UGAUCUCUCCCCUCUUUCUUUGCACAGCCUCCUCCGGGACGGGACGGAUCUUCUCGGCUUGGCUGGCUGCGGCGCCCAGGAGGGAUUGGCCUGAGACGGUUCCAUCCUCCGGUCUCCCCCCCAGUGGUAUGUGACCUGUGGAUUUGAGAAUCCUGGGAAAGAGGGGAAAGCCACAGCCGAGCACCAUGCCGGUGGAGACCCUGCAAGCCAGCCACCACCCGGCCGUCGGGCCCUUCACCUCGGCCAUGCCCUUCCGCAUCCUCAACAAGGGGCCCGAGUACUUCCGCCGGCCGGCGGCCCCCGGCGCCGCCAAGAAGCCCAGCGCCGUGGAGCGGCUGGAGGCCGACAAGGCCAAGUACGUCAAGAGCCAGCAGGUGGCCAGCACCAAGCAGGAGCCGGUGAAGCCCCGCUUCCUCAAGCAGCCCCUCUUUGCCCCCGGGGUGCGCCGGGCGAUGCUCACCCCCAGCCGCAAGACCCCGCAGGGAGGGCGCCGGGCCGACGUCUGUGCUGGCAAGUCCUCCCUGAACCUGGAGAUCCUCAACAACCUGAUCAACUUUUGCGACAGCCCGCUCUCCUUCCCCAAACCGGAGAGCCCCCUGGAGCACAAGUGGAUGCCCGAGCCCCACGGCAGAACCCCCGGAAGCUUGCCGGGCACCCCACGGAAAAAGGCUCCCGGGGAGGGCAUGAGUAAGCUCUCCCAAAGCUCGGCCUCCUCCAAGCCCCCCAGCACUGUGGCCGUGCGCCGGGUGGACGUCCGGCCGUGUGCGGCACUGCGGGCGAGGGUGACCCCGACGAUCCAAUUGACUCCUGUCCCCACCUCUCCCGCCCAUGCCCGGAUCCCGUCCGCCAGCUCCCUGAACCCCCAGAGCCCCUGCAGAGAGCUGUGGCCGGAGAGCCCCAAGCACCAGACCCUCUUGCACCGGUCCAAGUCGGACCUGAGCGACCGGUAUUCCCGGGCGACGGCCGACCUGGAGCGCUUCUUCAACUACUGCGGCCUGGACCCCGAGGACAUGGGCGACGUGGAAGUCGAGCGCUUUGCGCGGGCCAGCUCCGACAUCGUCUCCCUCAAGUUCCACAGCGUCAGCACGGCCAGCUCGGAGGGGACCCGCUCCCGGCGCAGCGCCGUCACCUUGGAGGAGAGGCAGGCCGAGCGCAUGCCCUAUGGCAUCUCCAUCAUCGAGCGCAACGCCCGGGUCAUCAAGUGGCUGUACGGACUCCGGCAGGCGAAGGAAUCCCAGAAGGUAUCCAACGUAUAGUGGGGCGGCUUCUGCGGACUCCCGGCGAGGAAAGAAACCAAACUUUUUGCAGUCUUCGUUGGACGUUUUGGUAUUUGACAAUUGGAGGGAGACUUUGCUGCCGUUCCAGGUUCUGUUUGUGUCCCUGUGAGAAAUAUCCGGCAUGCGCGUUGUUGUUGGUGGUGGUGACGUCUUUCCGUUGAGGAAUCCCUUAGUCUCGGAAAGGGGCAGAAAGUCCACCUGCAGAUAAGAAUAUUUGGGCUUAUUCCGCUGUAAUGUUGUGUGCAAAUGGUACCCUUUCAAGAAGUUUCCCCAGCAGCUGAAUCACAGGGGAACUCAUCCCAUGGAGUCUUUCCCCACCUAGAUAGCUUCAGAGGGGAGCCAUGUGGGU